UAUUAAGUAGAAUGUCAGAGGAAGAAUCUGAUUAAGUCUUUGAAGAGGGACCAUCAAAGAAAUGUAAUUGUAAAAACUCAAAAUGCAUAAAACUCUAUUGUGAAUGUUAUCAAAACAAAGUAUUUUGUGAUAAUAAUUGUCAUUGUCAUAAUUGCUUUAAUAAUUCAUCAAAUGCUGUAACAUUCAAAUAAUAGGAUAGAAAUAAAGAUAAAAGGCCAUGUAAUACACAUUAGAAAAAAACCCAAGUGCCUUUUAACCCAAGAUUAGCACUUCUGAUUCAAAGCCAGAUCCAUUAAAUUUUGGAAAGCACAACAAGGGUUGUCAAUGUAAGAAGAGCGGUUGUAUGAAAAAAUAUUGCGAAUGCUUUCAAGCUAAGGUGCCGUGCUCAGAUUAAUGCAAAUGCAUCGAAUGCAGAAAUUAUGGGUUCUUAACUAAAGAACAUUUUAUAAGGGCAACUAGAGGCGAUGAGGAUGAUUUUUUAUGUAAGACACUUUAAGUUAAUUAGAUCAAUUGCUAUUGACUAAGGACUAAGAUCAUUUAUAAUCAGUGCUUUCAUAUAAAAAACCAUUAUUUGAGCAAAAAGAAAUUGAAGAUGUUAGUAAUUAAAUAAAAAAAAUUAUCUCAAAUAAUGAAUCAGAUCCUAUAGAUCCUAUACUUGAUGUUUUUAUUAAAUUACUAAAAAACGCCUCUGAUUGAUACAC